AUGCGUGAAGUUCGAAAAAUUGUUGAGAUACUGUCUAUUCUAGACAAGGAGCCAGAUCCUGAUGAGGUAACCGUGCACGUGCUGAAUGGUCUGGACAAAGAUUAUAAGGACAUAGCUGCUGCCAUUAAUGCGAGAGAGACAUCUCUCACAAUAGAUGAACUUCAAGAGAAACUUGAAGCAACCGAGUUCCAGAUCAAGGCAAACCAAACACAUCACCAACUUUCCUCUCCAGUGACUGCCAACUACACUACCAACAAGCCAUCAAACAACAAUAACAGCCGCAACAAAAAUAGCAACUCUCGGUCUCAGUUUAAUUCCAACCAGUCGCCCCAAAACAAUUCACAAUUCGUCCCUACUCAGUUCUCUCACAACUACAGGCCUAGCAAUUAUGGGGGUAAAUGUCAGCUAUGUCAAGAAGUGGGUCACUCGGCAAAGUAUUGUCAAAAAUGGCAAAGUGCACCUAUCCAGAACAACUCACCUGGUGCUUAUCCUUCACGGCAACCAUAG